AUGCCUUCCCUCACUCAGACCCUGACCUGGGCCGUGGCCGCCGCCGCUCUGGCCGUCGCCAUCCCCGUCGACACCAAGGUCGGCACCCUCACCCUGAACCAGGAGCCCAACCCGAACUUUGUCGCAAAGUCGGGUGUCCGGGCCAUGGCCAAGGUCUUCCGCAAGUAUGGAAAGCCGCUUCCCGAGACCCUCGCUGCUGCCCUGGCCAACUCGACAGUUCCCGUCACCCGCCGUGACGGCAGCGCUGUCACCACCCCCGAGCCGAACGACGUCGAGUACCUCACUCCCGUGCAGAUCGGUACCCCUGCCGUCACCCUGAACCUCGACUUCGACACAGGCUCUUCGGACCUGUGGGUCUUCAGCUCCGACCUGUCGGCCAGCCUGCGGUCCGGCCACUCUUUCUACACUCCCAGCAAGAGCAGCACCUCCUCCAAGCAAUCCGGCCAGACCUGGAGCAUCCAGUACGGCGACGGUAGCGGCGCCUCUGGCAACGUCUACACCGACGUUGUCAGCAUCGGCGGCGUCAAAUUCCCCACCCAGGCCGUUGAGACCGCCUCCAGGAUCUCGACCCAGUUCACCCAGGACACCAACAACGAUGGUCUGGUCGGCCUCGCCUUCAGCUCCAUCAACACCGUCUCGCCCAGGCAGCAGAAGACCUUUUUCGACAACGUCAAGAGCAGCCUCAGCAAGCCCAUUAUCGGUGUUGACCUGAAGGCCGGCGCCCCCGGCUCUUACGACUUUGGCUUCGCCAACUCCAACAGCUACACUGGCUCCAUCGCCUACGUGCCCGUCGACAACUCGCAGGGCUUCUGGUCCUUCACCGCCAACGGAUACUCCGUCGGCAGCACCUCUAGCCGCACCCAGCUGACCGGCAUUGCCGACACCGGCACCACCCUUCUCCUCCUUCCCCCCUCCGUCGUCAAGACCUACUACAGCAAGGUCAGUGGCGCCGUCAACUCUGCCAGUGAGGGCGGUUACGUUUUCAACUGCAACGCCAAUCUGCCCGACUUCUCGUUCAACGUCGGUAGCAACACCAUCACCAUCCCCGGCAGCUUGAUGAACUACUCGCCCGUUUCGGAGGGCUCCUCGACCUGCUUCGGCGGUCUCCAGGUCGACACCGGCAUCGGUCUGUCCAUCUUUGGCGAUAUUGCCCUCAAGGCUGCCUAUGUUGUCUUUGACAACUCUGCCUCGCCCCGCCUGGGCUGGGCCAACAAGAGGCUGUAA